AUGAAAUUUGAACCGGGGUACACAUCUCCACCUAAGAAAACCCACCAAAUUGAAACAACGGUCACCAUAAGGGAAAGUCUGGUAGUGCCAAGAAAUGAAGAAGAACAAGAAAACAGAGGACAAAUUCUUGAAACAGAGGAUUAUGAGUCUGAGUGUGCAUCUGAAGCUGAUAAAAGUGCUGCUUGUUGUAGAUCAGUGGCUCUAAUUUUAACUGCUCUGCUUCUCGCCAGACAUUUGUUUGCCGUUGUUAUUGGAGGAGACGAGGCUUACCCCUUUUCACUUCUUACAGUGAUUAUAGUUAAGGCUAGUGGCAUUAUCCUUCCAAUGUACAUAUUACUUCGUAUUUCAGCAGUACUGCAUAACAGCAUCAGGCAUCACCACCAGAGAUCUGAUUCGGAGCCCGAAGAUGAAGAUGGAGAGCAACAUAACGAGUUACGAGCCUGA